CUGACACCAUGUCGUGGAUCGUCGCGCCCGGGGUGUUGCUCAAAGUCCUUGCCACGCAUGUACAUACAACCAACUCUCACCAGACUCUUCAAAUCUGGUUGACUCUGCGCCGCGACAACCCGUGAUAAUAUCGCUCACGCACGAUGGACGCGUACGAGAGACUCGGUGGCCCUCGCUUUCGCCCUGGCUUCGCGCCGAAAGGCGAUAGAGACGCCCGUCAGCAAAGACAGCGCCCGAAGAUGCAGCCCUACUAUCCGCCACCGCCGGGUACCUUUUACCCUUAUACCUCGGCGACACAAGCUGCGUCCUCGUCGCAAAUAGGGGAAACAAAGGCCAGCGAACCUGGAUAUCCCGCUCCAUUUCCCAUCGACUCGCCAAAUCCCACAUCAUUCUAUCCUUACUCCUCAUCGUCUAAACCCUAUCAGAGCGACAUGGGGUACCAGCCGUAUCCGCCUGCUCAGGAAGAGGGCCGUUACCAACCAUACCGCCCUCCUGGGUACCCCAACGUCUCUCAGAGCACUUUCAACCCCUACGCCUCCAACUCGACACAAUCUGACGGCUACACAUACCAUGAACAGCAAGGGAGCAGCUACCCCCCUCCGCAGGCGCCGCUGCAGGACCCGCUGCAGCAGUAUAGCGGGCUCUAUUCUUCGAGACCCGACGCGAAGCAGGACCUCUACGGCGUUGAUGCAGAGAACGGUCCCCGGAGCAAGGCCUUGAAGCAACCAGGGUCAGCAGUCAAGGAGCCCCUUACUUUUGAGUUGAAUCCGCUCGAGCCUCAAGACGUGACCGUCCACAUGUCCCUCGAUACGACAGACGACCUACAAGAUGCCCUCGAAGAGUUCUCGCGGCUGCGGCGACUGGGUCGCUUCAACGACGCCGCUCGACAUUUCGAGAGCCACCUGGAGCACUUCCUCGACAACAAAUACGUCAUGACGCAAUACGGUCGCUUCCUCAGCGAGCGAGUCAACUCAAAAGAAUUUACCGAGCUCGCGAAGCGGUUUCCCCCACAAGAGGCCGCGGCCGACGAUGCAUUAGAGCUGAACUGGGAUCUGCUAGUAUAUAUGAUGGGAUUGGAAAGCGACAUUGACACCCCGGUGUUGCAAGACGUCGACAAGCUUGGUGACAAGGCGCUGGACCUGUUGCAGGAGGGCUUCCCGAACCUUGACUCCACAGAGAUGGAGCUGUUACAUCUCGUGCUCAUAGUUUCCGCUGCCUCGCUCGACGACCUUCAGGAACGCUUUAGUCCCUACACAUUCGCCGACCUCUAUACUCACCUAUGGAGGCAGGGGAUGGUAUGGGAGCUAUGCAAUCUCUUCCUGGCCCUGGAGCCCAUUUGCGGCGUGGAAACUGUCUCGAGAUUGCUGUUACCGUAUGUCGGCUACAGUUCGCUGUCGUCUGACGAAGACGUAAUUCAACGCCUGCUCGCUGAUUGGGACAGCCCAGAUGAGGCAUCUGCAUUCGCUCUGGUCGACCUCUUUACUUCACUCGCACUUGCGUACAUGGCGCUUCCCAGGAAGAGAAAAGCCAUUGACCUAUGCCUGGACCACGCCAGCAAGUAUGCCAGCGCCCUGAUAUCGGGGGACACGCACAACCUCAAGUCUCGUCCCUGCCUUCGCUACACCAUGGCCGGGGUUCUGCUAGAGAGCUAUAAUGACGACGUGGGCGAACAACGGCCGAUUCCUCUGGCACUGGAGUCUGGCUGUUAUGGGAGUUUCUUCGUCAGCAGAUAUCUCUUUCCGCGGACCAGCCUGCCUUUGUAUGCGCCUCUGGAAGAUGAGAAGCCUCUGUGGCUACCUCGCAAGACCAAAAUCACCCAAGCCGCAAAGCUCACCACCAAGGCAGUGAUGAAGGCGGCAGAGGAUCUAGGCGAUGUGGAACUGCAAGAGGCUUGUAUCCUCGAAGCCAUGGAGCAGGGCGAGGAAGCGCCUGAGUUAGUCGUGGCAAAGCUCGAUGCCAUGCAGGCCACCGUGGGCAGUGGUUUGGCGCGCCAGACCAGGUUGCUGUUCCGGUACAUGCUCAAACAGACGCCAUCAUCCUUGGAAGUGUUGAGGCGCGACAUCCUCACUCAGGGCGAGACGGGGCGGCGCAGUACCUGGCAGGACUACGCCCAGUGCAUGAUCAUUCGCGCCUUGACGCCAGGGAAACGGGCCAAGGAAGCCUACCAGAAGAAAGCGGAUGCGAUUGAGGAGCUUCUGGAGCCGCGGGAACGGGAGCGGCAAGUCGACAGGUUGCAGAGCGGCGUCUAUCCUGUCGAACCCUACAACGCGCCUCCAGAAAAGCCCAUGCAGCAGCAGCCGCCACAGCCUCCGCCGCCUCUGGCGCCUUCGCUGGCGCCUUCGCUGGCGCCGCAGGGGCCCGUGUACUUCAAUCUGACUGUCGUCAACCCGCCCGUCGAGCUCGAUUCCGCGCAGUUAGCCAGCAGAUAUAAGCGCGGGAAUUCGGACAAGCAGAGCACAAGCCGGAGAAAGAAGGAGGUGACGUGGAAGGCAGACGCGAAGCUUGCCACCAAAUUGGGUCCGGAGGACGACGAUGUGAUCGGUGCGACGGUGUCUGUGGUGCCAGACCUGCCAGCCGAAACUCCCAGCGCACCGUCUAAAUAGUCGAGGUCGAGACUCCAGGCUGGUCUGCCACGGCUGGUGCCGAGAGCCGUACGUUGAACUUGGCGAUACCAGCGAGUCAAGUAAAGGGGGUUUCAGGCCCUCAGGAACGCACGCACCUGACGAUACCAUUCCAAUUGUAUGAUACGAUACCUCAGGCCUGGAACAUGCAUCGCGACUGCCCUUGACGUGUGGUCGCCGUUGUGGAGAUCCAUACCCAGACUCCAGAGUCAAAUUGGGGAAGGAGCUACCUAGGUAAGGGAGCCAACAAGGAGCUCUCGGAGGGCAGCAGCGAGGGCAGGGAAGAACGUACAUACCUAGGUACGCGUAUGAAGUAGUAUGAAGUA